AGGCAAGUGCGUAUAUACAAUGUUUGUCCGCUUCGGGGCACCGUAGUGGCUUUCACCCUGGCCGGGAGGACUGGGUUGGGCCGGGCAGCUUGAACUCCGGUCAGUUUAGGAGAUCCUGAUGGCUGCUGUGUUUCUAGUAACGCUCUAUGAGUACUCGCCGCUUUUCUACAUCGCGGUGGUCUUUACCUGCUUCAUUGUCACCACCGGCCUGGUAUUGGGAUGGUUUGGCUGGGAUGUUCCAGUAAUUCUCAGAAACUCAGAAGAGACCCAGUUCAACUCAAGAGUUUUCAAAAAGCAAAUGAGACAAGUCAAGAAUCCUUUUGGCUUAGAAAUCACUAAUCCAUCUUCAGCUUCAAUUGCAACUGGUAUAACUUUGACAACAGAUUGUCUUGAAGAUAGCCUUCUUACAUGCUACUGGGGGUGCAGUGUUCAAAAAUUAUAUGAAGCUCUGCAGAAGCCCUUCCAUUGUUUCCGAAUAAGCACUCCUCGAGCACUGGAAGAUGCUCUGUACAGUGAAUAUCUCUAUCAAGAACAGUAUUUUAUUAAAAAAGAGAGCAAAGAAGAAAUAUAUUGCCAGUUACCAAGAGAUAUUAAAACUGAAGACUUUGGUACAGUGCCCAGAUCCCGCUAUCCGUUGGUAGUGCUGUUGACUCUAGCUGAUGAGGAUGACCGAGAAAUUUAUGAUAUUAUUUCCAUGGUGUCAGUAAUUCAUAUUCCUGACAAGACUUAUAAACUUUCCUGUAGAAUAUUAUAUCAGUAUUUACUCCUGGCUCAAGGGCAAUUUCAUGAUCUUAAGCUUUUCAUGUCUGCAAAUAAUAACUCCACUCCCUCCAGCACUUCCUGUGCAGAAGAAAAAAGCACAGACCAAAGUUUGUUAGAAAAGGCUGGACUUUCUGAGGGUGAAGUGGAGCCUCCUGAGGAGAACAGCAAGGACUGUGUCGUUUGCCAGAAUGGCACUGUGAACUGGGUGCUCUUACCAUGUAGGCACACCUGCUUGUGUGACGGCUGCAUUAAGUAUUUUCAGCAGUGCCCAAUGUGCAGGCAGUUUGUUCAGGAAUCUUUUGCACUUUGCAGUCAAAAGGAGCAAGAUAAAGACAAGCUGAAAACUCAUUGAGGGUGUUGUUACAGCUGAAAAAUACACUUGCCACCGAAGAUGCAAAAAUUUGUGUUCUUGGAAUUAAUCCUAAUGUGGAAUCUACAGUGUUGACCAUCAAUGGAAAGAUUCUAUUUCAACUUCAUAUUUGUAGGGUACAUGGACGAUGAAAAUUAACCAUUCCUUCCUGCUUGAUAUAGUGAAUACUGAAAUACCAUCUGUGUUAAUACAUAAAAAUUUAUUCAGUUCUUGAGAAGGAUAUAAAUGUUUGACCUUUUGUCAGCUAGAGGAUUUCAGAGAAUGUUGAUUAGGAAAAUCCUGAAAAGCAAUCUCCUUAAAAUUAGAGGAGAUAAAAGUCUUAAGAUUUCUGAAUGUUUUUCCUUUGGCAUAAUCUGGAAUGCAAUUGGAAAAAAACGGAAUUCUUCUUAAAGUAAUUGUAGGAUUCCCAGUUUACAAAGGAAUUGGAAAGGGCUUCUAACUUUAAAUCCUUUCCUGAAAUAUGAGUUUUGAUAAAUAUCCAUCUAUUUGGUUUCUGAUUUUCCUUAUAAUCAUAGUCACAUAAACACAAGUAAUUUUUAAAUGUAGCUUCUGAAAUUUUAAAUGCAAGAUACAACUCUUGACCAUUGUCAGUAUAUCGUAGAUUAAAAUGAUACACAUCCAUAGGCAGCAGAUAUGUAAAACUUGGAUAAUAACAUUUCUUGGAUAAUUAAAUUUAUUGCCAAAUAUAAUUAGAUUAGAUUAAAUAUGAUCUAUCAGAGGUGAUCUGUGAGACUCUUAAUGUCUGACCUUAGAUUUCCUCAUGCACAGUGAAUCCAUCCAACACACUGGAGAGGUUUUGGAGCCAGAAAAACCACUAAAUGAAAUAACUAUUUUUUUCUAGUGUAUUUUUAUUCCAAAUAAACUCCACACCCUUCUGAAUAGUAAAUUACUUUGUUCAUCCCUUGUUACAUCCUCUUAAGAAUUGAGGAACCUGCUGGACAAAAAGCCCCAUAUGCUACUCUUUCCAAAAUGACCAAGAACAUAAAGGUAAAUGAGAAGAAAUUAACCUUCAGCUCACCAAGAACUUAGGUCAUGGCAAAUCAACUGACAUUCAGGGAUAUUUUCAAGCCUUUUUUGUCCUGUUUGUAUUAAGAAUAAUGCCUUUUCUUUCUGCCAUUGUUUUUACAUAUCAUUUCAUUCCAGUCAAAUGUAACACUCUCAGAAAGACAUACCUAUUCCCCAUUUUAUAAACUAAAUCAAACUUUUAUCUGUGUUCAAUAGCUAUAUAAUAAAUACCUUCUAGGGGGUCAGAUACCUUUCAGGGGUCUGGGUUACAGAGAAUCAGGCAAGGCUCCUGAACUCAGAAUAUUUGUGCUUAAAAGGAGCAUUGAUGACUUAUUAGAAGCACAUCUUCCCUCAGACAAUUCUAAGAUUCUGUUCCAACCCUGCCACUGAAAAACAGUCAAAAGCUAUAGUCCCUGUUGCAGUUAGCUAACAAUGUGGCAGUUCAUGUGGGAAACCCAAUUUGGUGUAAACUGGGGGAAUACUUGUAUCACUUCAUCCAUCCUAGUCAUCCUGUUUCCCUUCACAAAUCUGUUUGUACCUAAACUGUCUGAGACAUGUAGUUGGUUUCACAUCUGAGGUAGAUUUCACCUAGUCUUAUUUCAUUUCUCAUAACUUUCUAAAAAAAAUACAUAAUAUAACAUUUACUAUUUUAACUAUUCUUAAGUGUCCAAUUCAGUAGCAUUAAGUACGUUUUCACUGUGUGCAGCUGUCACCAGUAUCCAUUUUCAGAAUUUUUCAUUGUCCCAAACUGAAAUUUUAUACCCAUUAGACAAUGAUCCCUAUCCCCCCUCCCUUUAGCCUUUGGUAACCACCAUUCUACUUUCUAUGAAUUUUUGUACUCUAUGAGGUCCUGUAGGUACCUCAUAAAAGUGGAAUCUUACAAUAUUUGUCCUUUUGUGACUGGCUUAUUUCACUUAGCAUGUCGUCUCCAAGGUUCAUCUUCAUUUUAGCAGGUACCAGACUUUCCUUCCUUUUUAAGGCUGAAUAAUAUUCCCUUGUAUGUAUAUAUCACUUUGUCAUCCAUUCACCCAUCAUUUUUCAAAGCUCUUAAAGAUAAUUUGCACUUAGCUCCUCUUGCUGAAGCUAAAAUAAUUGUUUUUCCUGCCCUCAGUGGUAAUGAAUAUGAGGGAUUUGGUAAUAAUCAAGUAAAAACAGGUACCCGGACUCUUAGAGGUUUAUGUUAAAAUUUACCAAUAAUAGUGAAUAAGUGGCAUUCUGUAAGAACAUUUAUAAAAACUUUUUAUUUGACUGGAUCAUUAGAUAAAAUAUUUAGUUUAUAUAGAUUAGUUGCUGCUUUUCAAAAAUCCCAUUCAGUUUCUUUAAGCAGAUUUGAUUGGUGACUAGCUACCUCCUCCUUCAGUGAUCCUUUCUUCCCAACUUGGUGCCUGUGAGUGUUCUUCAUGUCUAAGCCAGCUCUAUGGGAGGAACUUAAAAACUGUUGUCUAAGGACUUCCCAUUAGUUGUAGAAUGAAGAGAUUUGUUUUGGCUUGUGGGAAUUUGAAGCAUCAAUAUAGAUAACCUAGGAUUUAGGAAGGGCAGGAGGAGAUGAUUUCAGUCUCCUGUACUCAGUCCUGCCUCAGACCAGGCCUAUCCCUCUGGAUAAUUCUCUAACUUCAUUUCUCAUAUUUGAACACUGAAUCCCCCUGUCUGUCUCUUCCUGUCUCCCUGUAUGAUAUUCCUCCUCAAUCUUUUCGUCCUGUCGUGACUUCUAAUUCCUGGGUCCCUGAGUCUAUUCUAUUAAUUCAUUAACAUAUAUAUAUGACAUCUUUAUCCACUCAUUUGUCAAUGAACAUCUAGGUUGUAUCUAUGUCUUGGCUAUUUUAAAUAAUUACGUGGUGAACAUUAAUGAUGUAGAUAUCGCUUUAAGAUAAUGAUUUCUCUUCCUUGGAUACACACACAGGACUAUUAUUAUUCAGCCCCGAGAAAGAAGGAAAUCCUGCCUUUUGCUACCACAUGGAUAGAUCUUGAGGGCAUUAUGUUAAGUGAGAUUAAUUCAGAGAAACACAAAUACCACGUGGUAUCACUUAAUAUUUGUGGAAUCUUAAAAAAAAAAAAAAGUAACUCAUAGAAACAGAGUACAAAAUGGUUGCCAGGUGCUGGCAGGGGAAGGAAGUUAGGGAGACGUUGGUAAAAGGGUACAAACUUUCAGACAAAAGAUGAAUAAAGUCCGUGGAUCUAGUAUAAAUCAUGGUAACUAUAGUUGAUACGGUGGAUUUAAUCAUUGAAAUUUGCUGAGAGUGGAAAUGUUUGCACGCACACACACAGAAAUAAAUAAAUAAAUAUAUAUAUAUGUACACAUGAGGUGAUGCAUGUGUUAAUUAACUAGAUGGUGUAAAUCCUUUAAAAAAAAUAAGAGUAUGAUUGGAGAGGAAUAGGCAGCACAUAGAAACAAUUCAUGUGGAUUUUUCUAUAAAGAAGAGCAGGGAAAUGCUGUGGUAACUAGUAUGGGGUAUAGGUUUGCUAGUAUUUAAUUUUAAGAAGGAAGAAAAUAGCAGCAUGUUUGAAUGCCCUUGAGAAUGAUACGAUAGAGAGGGAAAAAUUGACAAUGCUUGGAUAGUAGUAACAGUUGCUAGAGUGAUGUCCCUGAGGAAACAAAAGAACCCUGGCACACCUCUCUCCUGCAUCUUAAAUCUACAGUACUUCCUUCUGCUUCAAAUUAUGGUAGAUAUUAUCAGUACUAAAGAAAGCCUCUCCUUUGACCUUGUUUCCCAUUCAAUCUAUAUGACUCCUAUUUAGUUUCCAUCCUUUUUCUAUUCCCCUUAGUUCUAAACAUCUUGAAAAAUUGAUUCUCCAGUGCUGGUACUGAUCAUAAUCACAAAUUCUAGUUAUAAUUACAGUCAUAUCAAGUCAGAAGUUCCCAGGUAAUCCUAACACACUAAGUCUGGAAGCCUCUGAACUCUACACUCUAGUCAUUUGUUUUUGUGUCUCUCACUCCCUAUUAGUUCUGCCUCUUACAUUCCUAUUAUUCAACUUGAACUAUAUUUCCCAGGGAUACCCAGUGAGCUCCUAGUCACCUCACCCAGUGGCUUUUUCUCACUCUUCAUGCUUCAUGGUCUCUUUGAAGGAUUCUACACAUAACCAUUGUCUCCACCUAGAAACUCACUUCCCUUGGCUUCUGUGUAACCAUGUCUCAAUGCGUUUCAGGGAUGCUUAAGAAUUGCUUUGAGGGGGAGAGGUAAAAAUGCCAAUACGCGGGUUCAUCCCCUUAAAAUUCUGAUUCAGUGGGUCUGGAAUCUGGCCCAGGAAUCUUUGUCCUCUCAAGCUCUUUCAUGAUUUUGAGGUAGGUGGCCCAUGGAUCACAUCUUUUCUUAUCUUUCUGAUAGCCUCAUGCAUCAGUUAGUGUACUAAUGUCUGCUAAGCACUAUUCCCACAGUAUGCCUGGCAGCAAGUGAGGUAGACACCUGGGAGUCAAGAGUGCACCUGCUUUUUUCAAAAAGCUUAGUGUGCAUGCUCUCUCUUAUGUAUUGCAUUCAACACUUACUUCUUACUUCUAGGCUGUUUCUUCUCAAAUCUUUUUCAUUAUAUCCUUUUGCUGAGUUUCAGACUUUCAUUUCUAAAUGACUAAUAGUGAUUGCCAACCCAUAGACACCUGCAACAUGUUCAAGGCAGAACACUUCUUCCUGCAAAAGUCUGCUCUUUUCCAUUUUCCCUUCCUGGUUAGUGAUAGUGCUGUGUUCCCAACAAUCCCAAGCCCCACAGUUACAUUCACUCCUCCUGGCCUCUUGCCCUCUUCCCACAUCAGGUCAGACAGCAAAUCUUGAUUCUACUCUUUUAUUGUUAAUUUCUGUGUCUCUCUCUUUCCUGACCUACUAAACUUGCCUUACUCCUUGCUCCUAGUCUCUACUAUACCUUUCCCAACCUCAGCUGAUUCUUUAGGUGUCGCUGUACCUCAGAGUUCAGAUCUCAGCCGUCUUCUUACCAUCUGUGGCUGAUUCCAUCCAUUCUUAUGGUAAUGAUUCCUAAAUGCUAUCUUCAGGCCAGAAGUCUUUCUUCUGAAUCCUAGACACAUAUCUCUCUACUCUUGUCUCACUGCUCCUCAACUUUAACAAGUCCAUAGCUCAACUCAUCACCUCCUCAACCCUGUUCUGCUUCUUGAGUUCCUCAUCUUAACGAAUGAUAGCAUCACCCACCCAGCUGCCAGAGCCAGAAGCAUGGCCAUCACUUCUUACUUCUCUUUUGCACCUUAUUCUUACCAUCUCUCAAAAUUUCCCCACCCCCAUUCUCCCUCCCCAAGCCAGGCUUCCACCACAACUAGUUGACUUUGUAGCAGUCUCUUAAUAGUCCCCUGGCCUUCUAUCUUGACUUCUGUCCUUCAACAUGCCCAAUCAAUCUCCACAUUUAGCCAGCUGGCUCUAUAAGGAGCAACUCAGAAAAGGUUAUCUCUCUGAUUUCAGUCUCCCAUGUCUUCCCACUGGUUUUUCUUUUCUUAAAUAUUUAUUUUUUAAGGAAUCAUUGAUAUACAUUCUUAUGAAGGUUUCACAGGAAAAACAAUGUGGUUACUACAAUCACCCAUAUUAUCGAGUUCCCCCAAUACCCCCAUUGCAGUCACUGUCCAUCAAUGUAGUAAGAUGCCACAGAGUCAUUACUUGUCUUCUCUGUGCAACACUGUCUUCCUCAUGACCCCCCACACACCAUGUGUACUAAUCAUAAUACCCCUCAAUCCCCUUUUCCCUUCCUCCCCACCCGCCAUCCCCUUUGGUAACCAGUAGUCCCUUCUUGGAGUCUGUGGGUCUGCUGCUGUUUUGUUCCUUCAGUUUUGCUUUGUUGUUACACUCCACAAAUGAGGGAAUUCAUUUGGUACUUGUCUUUCUCUGCCUGGCUUAUUUCACUGAGCAUAAUACCCCCUAGCUCCAUCCAUGUUGUUGCAAAUGGUAGGGUUUGUUUCUUUCUUAUGGCUGAAUAGUAUUCCAUUGUCUAUAUGUACCACAUCUUCUUUAUCCAUUCAUCUACUGACAGACACUUAGGUAGCUUCCAUAUCUUGGCUUUUGUAAAUAUUGCUGCGAUAAACAUAGGGGUGCAUAUGUCUUUUUGAAUCUGAGUUGUUUUCUUUGUGUAAAUUCCUAGGAGUGAAAUUCCUGGGUCAAAUGGUAUUUCUAUUUUUAGUUUUUUGAGGAAGCUCCAUAUUGCUUUCCACAAUGGUUGAACUAGUUUACAUUUCCACCAGCAGUGUAGGAUUCUCCUCAUCCUUGCUAACAUUUGUUGUUGUUUGUCUUUUGGAUGUUUGCCAUCCUAACUGGUAUGAGGUGAUAUCUCAUUGUGGUUUUAAUUUGCAUUUCCCUGAUAAUUAGUGAUUUGGAGCAUCUUUUCAUGUGCCUGUUGGCCAUCUGAAUUUCUUCUUUGGAGAAGUGUCUCUUCACAUCCUCUGCCCAUUUUUUAAUCGUGUUAUUUGCUCUUUGGGUAUUGAGGCAUGUGAGUUCUUUAUAUAUUUUGUAUGUUAACCCUUUGUCUGAUAUGUCAUUUACAACUAUAUUCUCCCAUACUGUAGGAUGCCUUUUUGUUGUGCUGAUGGUAUCAUUUGCUGUACAGAAGCUUUUUAGCUUUAUGUAGUCCCAUUUGUUCAUUUUUUAUUUGUUUUGCUUGCCCAGGGAGAUGCGUUCAGGAAAAAGUUGCUCAUGUUUAUAUUCAAAAGAUUUUUGCCUAUAUUUUCUCCUAAGAGUUUUAUGGUUUCAUGACUUACAUUCAGGUCUUUGAUCCAUUUCAAGUUUACUUUUGUAUAUGGAAUUAGAUAAUAAUCCAGUUACAUUCUCUUACAUGUAGCUGUCCAGUUUUGUCAACACCAGUUGUUGAAGAGGCUGUCAUUUCCUCAUUGUAUAUCCAUGGCUCCUUUAUCAUAUAUUAAUUGACCAUAUAUGCUUGGGUUUAUAUCUGGGCUAUCUAUUGUGUUCCAUUGAUCUAUGGGUCUGUUCUUGUGCCAGUACCAAAUUGUCUUGAUUACUGCGGCUUUGUAGUAGAGCUUGAAGUUAGGUAGUGUAAUUCCCCCAGUUUUAUUCUUUCUUCUCAGGAUUGCUUUGGCUAUUCGGGGUCUUUUCUCUUUCCAUAUGAAUUUUGGAACUAUUUGCUCUAGUUCAUUGAAGAAUCUUGUUGGUAUUUUGAUAGGAAUGCCACUGAAUCUGUAGAUUGCUUUAGUCAGGGUGGCCAUUUUGACAAUAUUAAUUCUUCCUAUCCAUGAGCAUGGGAUAUAUUUCCAUUUAUUGGUAUCUUCCUUAAUUUCUCUCAUGAGUGUCUUGUAGUUUCCAGGGUAUAGGUCUUUUACUUCCUUGGUUAGGUUUAUUCCUAAGUAUUUUAUUCUUUUUGAUGCAAUUGUGAAUGGAACUGUUUUUCUGAUUUCUCUUUCUGCUAGUUCAUCAUUAGUGUAUAGGAAUGCAACAGAUCUCUGUAUAUUAAUUUUGUAUCCUGCAACUUUGUUGAAUUCAGAUAUUAGAUCUAGUAGUUUUGGAGUGGAUAUUUUAAAAUUUUUUAUGUACAAUAUCAUGUCAUCUGCAAACAGUGACAGUUUGACUUCUUCCUUCCCAAUAUGAAUGCCUUUUAUUUCUUUGUGUUGUCUGAUUGCCAUGGCUAGGACCUCCAGUACUAUGUUGAAAAGUGGGGAGAGUGGGAAUCCUUGUCUUGUUCCCGAUUUUAAUGGAAAAGCUUUCAGCUUCUUGCUAUUAAGUAUGAUGUUGGCUGUGGGUUUGUUUCCCAUUGUUUUUAAAAAAAUAAAACAAGUCACUUCAGAUUAAAGCCCUUUAAUGAGUUAUCUUCAACUCCGUGAUAAAGUUUAACUCCUAUCAAGCCCCUUCCUGAUUUUGUCGUAGCUCAUCUCUGCAGCCUCAGUCCCUCUGUUUUCUCCUUCUCACCCUACACUCCAGCUAGUCUGAACUAUUUCCAUUUUUCUGAACCGAGAAUGAUCUGUACAUGCUGUUCUCCCUUCCCAGCUAACACCUAAUUGUCUCUCAGGUCCUGGUUUUUUGUCACUUUCCCUGGGAAGCCUUUCCUCACCCUCCAAGUCUGAGGGAGGUUUGCAUUUUAGAAACAUCGGUUUUGGAGGUGGUUUGAAGUGUAACAAUCUAAAAUUUUAGAACUCAUGUUUAUUUUUAUCUGCAUAAGAAACUAAAUUUUACUAACUGUGGAUUAGCUGAAGAACAUAUCAAUCAUUUUAAAUAAAUAUGUAAGUUUGGAGGAUACUUUAAAGUUUGAAAUGGAGGAAGACUAAAGGUGGGAAAAUCAAGAUCAAGCUGCUAUUACAAUAAUCCAGUUGAGAAACAGUAAUCCAGGAUCUAAGGACUUGAUAAAUUUUUGAUCAUGGAGAUGAGGAGUCUAGGUUAAGUCUUAUGCUUCUGACUUGGGUAAAGUGAUUGAUAACAGUCAGUGAAACUGGAAGUACAUGUCUACUUUUCCCAUGAAAUUGUUGCUGCCUGGAGGUCAGGCUCUAUCUUACUCAUGUUUGUACCCCAUGGAAUACCAUUCAUUCAUUCAUUCAACAAGUACUUAGAAGGUCUGCUUUGGACUAGCUGGUAUUUUUGAUGCUAGAAGUAGAGAAUGAACAAGAUAAAUCAAGGUUCUUGCUCUCAUGGAGUGCACUUGGACAGUAUUGGGAAGACUCACAAUAAACAGUAGACAAAAGAAUAAGGUGAUAUAGUUCAUGCUACAUACCAUGAAGAAAACAAACAAGUAGGAGGCAAAUGUAGAUGGGAUGGUGUCAGGGACAGUUUCUUUGAAGAACAUGCAAUUGAGAUGAGCCCUGAGGGUUAAGAGGGAGUCAACCUGUCAGAAGCCUGGGCACAGCAUUUGGGGUGGCAGGAAUGAAAAGUACAAUGGCCCAAAGUGAAGAAGAGCUUGGGUGUUAGAAGGAUAGAGAAGAGGCCUGUAUGGUUGGAACUUAUACCUCAGAGGAGCAGUGUGGAUGGGUUGGAGAGAGGGCAGGCCUUACUGGCCAUGGGCAGGAGUUGGGACUGUCUUCUUGCAGUGGGAAUACAUGGGAGAAUUAAAGCAGUGAGGUGACCCUGUCUGAGUGGCCCUUUUAAAAGACUGAGGGGUAAUGCCUUUGGGGGGAUGGGGGAGGAGCAGAAUCAAGAGAGUUCUGUUUCAGACAUUUUAAGUUUGAGAUGUGAUGGUAAGCCUGCCUUGGUUGUUGUAUUUAAUUAGUUGAACUCCAGCAUUUAAUCUCUUUGGUCUUCAUCACAGUUAGGCCUACAGAAAUUCUACAGGUCUGUACCAGGCAUAGUACUGAGUGAAUUAGUCAAGUUAGGAGGAGGAAGAAGAGCUGUCUUAUACUUUCUGUGCCCGAAGCUCUUUGUGCCAGCAAUUAAACUAUUGCCUCUCGGCUCCAAAUCCAUCCUAUUCUCUGCUUUGCGAUACUGGGAUAGGACUCUGCAGACCACAUGUGCGCUUUGCCAGCAGGCUGACCUAUAAGGCUUUGCAAAUUAGAGCAAUAGAGGGAGCCUGGAAGACAGGAAGAGGGGAUUGCUCUUUCCUGUCUGUUUCCCCUGGGCUUCUUACUUGCUUCCUGUUCAUCUGAGCAUCACCCCAGUCUAGCUUCAGUGGUUGAUUCCAGGAGCAGCGGUUGAAUCCAGAUUAUAGCUCUUCCAACAUUUGCCAAACCUGCCUGUUCACCACUCCACCCAGAACACCAGCCCCAGCCCAGCAGCAAGCCCUCCUCAAUGGUCAGAAGGUUUCACUUCUUCAGGGCCCCUCCUCCAAACUUCUAAUUCCAAGUUCUUCACUUCGUUUCCCCAGUCCUAUGGAUGGUAGCUGCUUCCUAAUUGCUACCUCUGAAAUACCUUUAUGCUCUCCUUUUGACUUUUCAGUUAACAACUCUUUAUUUCAGUGAUCUCUAAUAAAAUAAUUGUGUUUUUGUUUCCUGGCUGUACUCUGAUUGAUACAACUAGGUAUUGCCUCCUGUAAUCCUGGCUCAAUUGACUAAGAUAGAAAAGUGAGACCAAUUUUGGUUCAAUAACCUGUGUUACACAGCCACUAGGUGGUAGAGUUGGGGUUUGAAUCCAGUUUGCUUUGCUUUGUUUCACCUGAAACUUAGGCUCUUAAUCACUAGUCACCUUGCUGAAUUGCCUGAAAAACACAUGACAGUAGGUACAAUUAAAAAAUUCUUCCAUCAUUUUUGUUGCAUCUUUCAAGGCUGUUAUCACAGUCAGCAUUUCUCAAAAGCAUCCCAAGCCUAUAAGCUCUAACACCUGUGAAGAAUGGGUUCAGGGGAGCUUAGGGCCGCCAUAGCUGCACUUUCCGAAAGAGGCCCAGUGAACAUUAGUAUAACAAAGGCUCUGAGGAAUUUGGCAAUAAAACUUAAUAUGCAACCAGGUAGUUUCUCCUACAUUUUCUGACUGGGAACCUUUCAAGGAUGUGACAAGUGUAGAAUUAAUAAAUAGUUAAUCUAAUGUAUCCGGUGUAACAGUUGUACCUGGUCAGGAGAAAGCUGUUGGUGCCAGCAAUCCAGGACGCUCUCCUCAUCCAGAGGCUGCCUUGAAGGGUGUGGGGGGAGGGGAGUCUGAUCUUUGUUUAGGUUAUGGAAAGAUGACUGUAGAUUUGUACAUUUUAAAAUUUCAAUUAUUUAAAUCUGUGGAUACAUUUGCGCUUUCAGUUGAAAAAGGUAUUGACACUUCUUGAAUUAAUAACCAAGGUCUGAUAACUCCCAGAACAAGUAAUUUUUACUUUUUCUUAUGCCAAUCUGGGACAAGUUAUCCCUCCAAAAGGUCUAAGACAGCACUGUUGUAAUCCUGACCUAUAUAAAUCCUGUAAAUAGGACUAGUUUUGCCAUGCUCACAUUUAACCUUCUGACUAUAUUCAUUUGAAAAUUUGCCUAUGCCAUUUUGAGAUGUUUUCCUGUAAAAAAAACUAUAAUUAAUAAUACUUCACACAUUUAUUUAUUUUUAAGAAGUGUGAACCCGUCUGCAUUCAUGUUGGGAAUUGUAGCUCAUUUACUUGUAUUUAAAUUUUAUUUAAGUAACUGUAUAAGUUAAUUGGUUUGAAUUAUACUAUUAAGAAAUCAGUCAGGAAGACUGUGUACCUGUGUUCUAAAUACUAGAGAUAACCUCAUCUAACUCCAUUCUAGAGAAAGCUGUCUCAAAAGUUUUCUUCACAGACUAUGUAUGAUUCAGCCCUAAAAAGGAAUGAUCUUCUGAUACAUGCCACAAUGUGGAUAAACCUUGAACACAUACACUGUGCGAAGGUCCGUACACAAAAGGACAGUAUCAUAUGAGUCUGCUGGCAUGAGACACCUAGUGCAGGCAGAAUGGUUGAGGUGGAGAGUGGGAUACUGGUUAACAAGGGACUGAGGGGAGCGGGGAAUGGAGAUUCUGUUAAUGGGUACAGAGUUUCAGCUUGGGAUGAUGGGAUAAGUUCUGGAAAUGCUUAGUGGUGAUGGUUGCACAACAGUGUGAACAUACUACUACUGGGUUUUUAUACUUAAGAAUGGUUAAAAGAGUAAAUUUAAUGUUUUGUAUGUAUAUUUUACCACAAUAAAAAAAUGUUUUCU